UUCAACGCUUUUAACUUGCAUAAAAAUAGUUUUAAUAUUCACAUAUCGAAGGAAAGAAAGUCUGCAUAAUGGCUGAUCCAGUUAAUAAAUUGAACUGGACAUACCUGGACCAGGAGUUCUAUACGUAUCUCAAGAACAUGAGCUGCUUGACGGUGAUGAAGCUGCCAUACGAGAGACGGUGCAUGAUGGCCAGACAAGUGCUGGACUGUCAGACCAUCAUCAAUCUGUUCAACUACUUCAAGAUGAUGUACUGUGCGUUCCAUAUAUCCGAUAAGUUCACGGAGAUUUCGGUGAUGGUGCUAUUUUGUCUGCUUGUGAUUGCCUUUCUCCUGCUCAUGACCCUAACCAUUGACGUGUUUUUCGCUCCUGCCAUGAAGAUCAUUUCGAUGAAGCUGCAUAUGAAUGAGUAUCUGGCGGGCGUUACACUCUUGGCCUUUGGCAAUACAUGUCCCGAUUUGAUAGCCAAUCUAAUGCCCAUUCGAGCCGACGCACCCAUAUUCACGAUAACAGUGGGCAACUCCCUCGUCAUCAUACUCCUAAGUGGCGGUAUGGUCUGCUUCCUGAAACCCUUCAAGAUGAACGGUCCCAGCACCAUUCGAGAUCUUCUCUUCCUGCUGCUCAGUGUGGUGACGCUCCGUUCGAUAAUAUUCAGCGAGGGAAACGUGUCCAUAGCUGAGGCUGUUCAGCUUAUUUCCAUUUAUCUUUCCUAUCUGAUUAUCAACAUACUGGACCUUCUGCUGCUGCGCUACACCAUAAAAAAGCUUCGAAAGGAAGUUAUUCGAUUGAAAACUUCACCUGCCACCGAAGGCGAGAUAUCCGAAAAGAAGCGUUUAUUGAGUGAACUGGAACGGGAUGACGAAUUGAAUAUCAACGACACCAAACAGCUCAAUCGAACUCAAUCUGGAUCAAUCGAGAAGGGCUUCUUUUUCAACACAAAGCAGCGAAUUCGUCCCCAAGUCGUUAACCAUGUAGCCACCCGAACUAUCCUCUAUAAUGUGCGAAAUCCGAAGAAUCUUUUUCUGGUUACCGAAUUCUUUGAGUCUCUGAAUCCCAUUGAUAUGGAGGAAUGGCAGUUGGCUGGCUGGUGUCAGCGCAUCAUUCUGAUCGUUCGAAGUCCACUGUAUUUUUUCCUCAUUUUAUUUGUCCCCGUUGUGGACUAUGAAAAGGACAAGCACGGCUGGAGCAAGCUGCUCAAUUGCACGCAGAUCAUCACGAAUCCGUUCAUCAUGAUCACCUUGGUGCAUUCUUCGGCCAGCAAUGAAUAUUACGCCUGGUACAUAGUCCCCAAUUUGAGCAUCUCAAUGUGGUCCCCCUGUGUGACAGUGCCUCUGGCCACAGUUGUCCUCAUUCACAGUCGCACAGAUGUGCCGCCCUUCUAUCACAUUAUCUUUAUAGUGUUCAGUUUCAUCAGCUCAAUCGUUAUCAUCUGGGUGUGUGCCAGCGAAAUGGAGGUGCUAACUUCCAUUGUGGGCAUUGUCUUCAAUCUAUCGGGUAACUUUAUGGCCAUCACCGUUGGCUCAGUUGCCAAUGCGAUGGCGGACAUAAUUGCCAACUCCAAUCUGGCCCUCCAGGGCUACGAGAAAAUGGCCUUUGCCGCCAUUAUAGGCGGUCCCGUGUUUGCCAUUGUUGUUACCAUGGGCGUUUCCUUUAUCUUUAAUGAAAAAGUUCGCACGGCUGGUGCUGCAUUCUGGCUGUAUGGCGAGCACGGGGAGAACUGCUACUUGUUCCUCAUGAUCACCAUCAUAGCCACAUUGUGGUGGUGCUUGACCUUCAAUUUCUACGCCCGUCGAUCCGCUGGCAUCUUCAUGUGGCUGAUAUUUGUAAUAUUCAUCAUUUAUUGUUGUGGUGUGGAGUGGGACAUUGUGCACGAGUUCUCCAAGGAUCAGUUCUUUAAUCCAAAGUAAAGAUGUACU